CCUGUGCUUUCCUCCCCAGGUCAACAUGGAUUUGUGGUUCUUUCUCCUUUUGCUCGGAAGUGGCCUGAUAAGUGUUGGUGCUAACAACGUUACAACAGAGCCACCCACAACAGUGUCCACCACCAUCAGGAGCCCCACCACAGCUCCUGCAGCAGGUCCUGAGCAUGGGACCACACCUAACACAAACAGACUCAACAUGAGCACUCCAGAGACUGUUUCUACCACAGCGCCAAAUCCUCCUCCAACCACAGCUGCCAGGAUCUCCCCCAACGCCACCACUGGCAGCCUCAACAUCUCCUCCACCCUGGGGACAACCGUGCCUGUGCCUCCAGCCCCGUCCCUGCUCCCCAGCGUGACGCCGUCGGCUCCAAGCACCGCUGUCCCCAGCACGGAGGCGGAGACGACCGAGAGGAAUUUCAGCAUGGUGGUGACAACACAGGAGACCUCUUCUGCUUCCCACAAUGGUAACUCUGACAGAAGAGAUGAGACUCCCAUUAUUGCUGUGAUGGUGGCCCUGUCCUCCCUCCUAGUCAUAGUAUUUAUUAUUAUUGUUCUGUACAUGUUGAGGUUCAAGAAAUACAAGCAGGCAGGGAGCCACUCCAACUCCUUCCGGCUGUCCAACGGCCGGACGGACGACACAGACUUUUGUAGAAUGAAGAUUUCCCAGCUUUCAUUCCACACCCUUUUUUUCCUGCCAUUUCAGGCUCUCCCAGCGUGUCCCAUACAGGCCACGUGUGAAGCUGCUUCCAAGGAGGAGAACAAGGAGAAGAACAGAUAUGUGAACAUUUUGCCCUAUGAUCAUUCCAGGGUUCACCUGACUCCCGUGGAAGGGGUCCCUGACUCCGACUACAUCAACGCCUCCUUCAUUAAUGGGUACCAAGAGAAAAACAAGUUCAUUGCUGCACAAGGACCAAAGGAAGAAACAGUGAACGAUUUUUGGAGGAUGAUUUGGGAGCAAAACACAGCGACAAUUGUCAUGGUGACCAACCUGAAGGAGAGGAAAGAAUGUAAAUGUGCUCAGUACUGGCCAGAUCAGGGCUGCUGGACCUACGGGAACAUCCGAGUGUCCGUGGAGGACGUGACCGUCCUGGUGGAUUACACCGUGCGCAAGUUCUGCAUCCAGCAGGUGGGAGAUGUCACAAACAAGAAGCCCCAGCGCCUGGUGACCCAGUUCCACUUCACCAGCUGGCCUGACUUCGGGGUGCCCUUCACCCCCAUUGGGAUGCUGAAAUUCCUGAAGAAGGUGAAGACCUGCAAUCCCCAGUAUGCAGGAGCCAUAGUGGUGCACUGCAGCGCCGGGGUGGGACGCACGGGCACUUUCAUCGUCAUCGAUGCCAUGCUGGACAUGAUGCACACGGAGAGGAAGGUGGAUGUUUACGGCUUUGUGAGCCGGAUCCGGGCUCAGCGCUGCCAGAUGGUACAGACAGAUAUGCAGUAUGUGUUCAUAUACCAAGCACUUCUGGAGCACUAUCUCUACGGUGACACAGAGCUGGAGGUGACCUCCUUAGAGAUCCACCUCCAGAAGAUCUACAACAAAGUGCCAGGGACCAGCAGCAACGGGCUGGAAGAGGAGUUCAAGAAGCUCACUUCAAUCAAAAUCCAGAAUGACAAGAUGAGAACGGGCAAUUUGCCAGCCAACAUGAAGAAGAACAGGGUGCUUCAGAUAAUUCCAUAUGAGUUCAACCGAGUAAUCAUUCCAGUGAAGAGAGGGGAAGAGAACACAGACUAUGUAAACGCUUCCUUCAUUGAUGGUUAUCGCCAGAAGGAUUCCUACAUCGCCAGCCAAGGGCCGCUGCAGCACACGAUAGAGGACUUCUGGAGGAUGAUCUGGGAGUGGAAAUCCUGCUCCAUAGUGAUGCUAACAGAGCUGGAGGAGAGAGGCCAGGAGAAGUGUGCCCAGUACUGGCCGUCCGACGGCUCCGUGUCCUACGGGGACAUCACGGUGGAGCUGAAGAAAGAGGAGGAGUGUGAGAGCUACACAGUGCGGGACCUGCUGGUGACCAACACCAGGGAAAACAAGAGCCGGCAGAUCCGGCAGUUCCACUUCCACGGCUGGCCAGAGGUUGGGAUCCCCGGGGACGGGAAGGGGAUGAUCAACAUCAUCGCAGCGGUGCAGAAACAGCAGCAGCAGUCUGGCAACCACCCCAUCACUGUGCACUGCAGUGCUGGAGCAGGAAGAACGGGCACCUUCUGUGCGCUGAGCACUGUCCUGGAGAGGGUGAAGGCAGAGGCCAUCCUCGACGUCUUUCAGACAGUCAAGAGUUUAAGACUACAGAGGCCACACAUGGUGCAGACACUGGAACAGUACGAAUUCUGCUACAAGGUGGUGCAGGAAUACAUCGACGCCUUCUCAGACUACGCCAACUUCAAGUGAAGAAAAACAGGAACAAAAAUCCACAGCCACCCACCCAAACCCCCUCAAAACAAAUGACAGAAGAGUUGCCUUCUUUAAUAUUUUGUAAUAUUCUGUUUGUUAAUAUACCCCCCCAAACAAAAAAAAAAACAAAAAACAAAACUAUGUGUAUAUAUCUUAACUGUUUUAGAGGUUGGUACCAUAAGCUUCAUAUUAGCUGGAGAUUUUAUAUGUAGCAAAAGUGUUAGUGCAGAUACUGUUGGCUCCUUUUUUUCCAAUGUUUUAUUGGGGAAUUAAAUAGCGUGAUGUUUGGAUUAAUAUUGUCAUACCAUCUCUCUUCUGGAGAGUUGAUACAGGCUGUUAUUUUGUUUGUAAAUCUUUUUUUCUUUUUUUUUUUCUUGAGGGAGUAAAGCCUUUUUAAAAAAAAAAAAAAAAAAA